ACACUGGGGGGAGUGCUGAGGUUUAGCUAGCCAAUUACCUAUUAAACUCACCGACUGCCAGUCUGGCCAAUAUACUGCACUAGAGGAGCAUUGCUUAAUGCUAGGUAGCUAACGAACUGGCUAGCUAGCGAUUUAGCUAGCUCACUGAAGUAGGGCCCUAGUGUGUUUCUCCCACAGUCUCCAACUUGCCUUUGCCUGCCUAACUAUACUGCAGUCAUGACCGCGGCAGGAGAUUUCGGAAACCCUCUAAGGAAAUUUAAAUUAGUCUUUCUUGGCGAGCAGAGCGUGGGGAAGACAUCAUUGAUUACCAGGUUCAUGUACGACAGCUUCGACAACACCUACCAGGCCACAAUAGGAAUAGAUUUUUUGUCUAAAACCAUGUACCUCGAAGACAGAACAAUCAGGUUGCAGUUGUGGGAUACGGCUGGGCAGGAGCGUUUCCGUAGCCUCAUCCCCAGUUACAUCAGAGACUCUGCCGCAGCUGUCGUAGUAUACGACAUCACAAACGUCAACUCUUUCCAGCAAACCACAAAAUGGAUUGAUGAUGUCAGAACGGAGAGAGGAAGUGAUGUCAUCAUCAUGUUGGUGGGAAACAAGACUGACCUUGCAGACAAAAGGCAAGUUGCUAUUGAAGAGGGUGAGAGGAAGGCCAAAGAGCUAAAUGUAAUGUUUAUUGAGACUAGUGCUAAAGCAGGAUACAACGUCAAGCAGACAGAUAACCACAGAGGAAGGGGAACAGAGAGCCAAAGAGCUGAAUGUUCUGUUUAUUGAAACAAGUGCAAAGACGGGCUACAAUAUCAAACAGAACUCUUGCCCAUCCAUCCCAUGUUGGCCAUAAUAACUAAAGACCAGAAUGUUCCCCCGGGCACCCUGGGACAGACUGGGACAGACUAUCUACUUUGGCCUCCGGUCUGGGAUAUACAGUACUGUGCAAAUGUUUUAGGCAGGUGUGAAAAAAUGCUGUAAAUUAAGAAUGUUUAAAAAUAGACAUGUUAAUAGAUUAUAUUUAUCAUUUAACUAAAUGCAAAAUGAACAAAAUAAAUGUCAAUCAAAUUCCUAUUUGGUGUGUAGCAGAAGGCAGUUUGUUCGUCAAAGGGCUAGAGAGCGGUACACGAAUGAGUGUCUGCGGGCAACAGUGAAGCAUGGUGGCGGUUCCUUGCAAGUUUGGGGCUGCAUUUCUGCAAAUGGAGUUGGGGAUUUGGUCAGAAUGAAUGGUCUCCUCAAUGCUGAGAAGUACAGGCAGAUACUUAUCCAUCAUGCAAUACCCUCAGGGAGGCAUCUGAUUGGCAUCUGAUCAUUUACAUAACAGAAUGAAGCGCAGCACGUGACUGAAGGAAGAAGAGACAAUGUGCUAGUUACAGCAUCGGCGCGGCUCUGGAAUGUCAGUUACAGCAUCGGCGCUGCUCUGGAAUGUCAGUUACAGCAUCGGCGCGGCUCUGGAAUGUCAGUUACAGCAUCGGCGCGGCUCUGGAAUGUCAUUUACAGCAUCGGCGCGGCUCUGGAAUGUCAGUUACAGCAUCGGCGCCUCCCCUGAAUGGUAACGAAGAGGUAACAUUAGGUAAGAAGUCUGACCACGGAGACGGGGGUGAGAAGGUGAUGAUGCGUACUUCAUAAGCUGUAACUAAAAACUACUGGCAUUUGGAAAGUUUGAGGUGAGGGGGGAACAAGUAUUAGCAUUGUUAAGUAUCUUGCUAGUUGGAUCAAAUUCUCUGUUAGCUAGCCAGAGAAAUGUUGACCAACAUUAGCCAAUUUAUCUGAUCAAAUAAUUUGAGUUCAUGUUGUGAAAAUGAUCUUGCUUAUAAAGUCAAACAGAUAACGUUUGCCAGCUAACAUUACAACAUCAGAUGAGCUAACAUUAGUAACCUAACCAAUUCGCUAUAGUAUUAACUGGUAUUCGACUCCUUGCCGUUCCUCAAGUUAUAACGCGUUAGUCGCUUACUGGACCCUGGCAAUCUGUGUGAAAUGUUAACUAGCUAACGAACUAACCACUAUCUGUUAAGUAAUGUUUUCCAUCUACAGUAUGUGGUUCAUUUUCAGAAUAUUAGGUGAAAACGAGGCGUUGUUUGUUAACCUGUUAUGGCUGCAAUCCCGAAACUGAGAUCGAUAUGAUCAGUGAAAAUAGAGGGCGCCAAAUUCAAACCACCGAAAUCUCAUAAUUAUAAUUCCUAAAAUGUGUGUUUUAUAUAAUUUUAAAGCUAUUCUCGUUGUUAAUCCCACAAGUGUCCAAUUUCAAAUAGGCUUUUCAGCGAAAUACUACAAACGAUUGUUAGGUCUCCACCAAACAACAAUAAGCACAGCCAUUUUCCAGCAAAAUAUAGCAUUCACAAAAACCAGAAAUAAAGAUCUAAUUAAUCACUAACCUUGAAUUAUCUUCAUCAGAUGACACUCAUAGGACUUCAUGUUACACAAUACAUGCAUGUUUUGUUUGAUAAAGUUCAUAUUUAUAUCAAAAAAUCUGUUUACAUUGGCAUGUUAGAUUCACUAGUUCCAAAAACAUCAAGUGAUUUUGCAUAGCCACAUCAUUCAACAGAAAUACUCAUCAUAAAUGUAGAUGAUAAUACAAGUUAUACACAUGGAAUUAUAGAUUAAUGCAACCGCUGUGUCAGAUUUCAAAAAAACUUUACGGAAAAAUAAACUCAUGCAAUAAUCUGAGACGGCGCUCAAAAGUAAAAACACCACAGCCGCAAAGAUGGCGUCAACAUAAACAAGAAAUUACAUUAUAAAUAUUCCCUAUGAUGAUCUACAUCAGAAAGCACUCCAGGAAUCACAUUUCCACAAAUGUUUGUUUUGUUCGAAAAUGUCUGUUAUUUAUGUGCAAAUACCUUCUUUUGUUAGCGCGUUUGGUAUACAUAUCCAAACGCGAAUUCUGGUCAGCGUUAACUUCAAAAGGUGAUAUUACUGGUCGAAGAAACAUUUCAAACUAAGUACAGAAUCAAUUGUUAUGAUGUUUUUAACAAAUAGCUUCAAUAAAGUUCCAACCGGAGUAUUCCUCCUUGUCUUCGUGAGCAAUGGAACGCAAGUGACUACCAUGAGGAAAAAGCGCUAUCACAAAAUGGCUGCUUGAUGGACAUCUGCUAUAUUCUGCUCUCAUUCACUCCCACAACAACAUAGAAGCCUCAUUAUGAUUUCUAUUGAUGGUUGACAUCUAGUGGAACCCCUAGGCAGUGCAACAUCAGUCAUAUCAAGGGGAUUUCAUUGGGGACUCUGGUGAAUACAUACAAGCUCAGAUUUCUGACUUCCUGUUUUGAUUUCAACUCAUGAUUUUGCCUUCCAAUAUGAGUUCUGUUAUACUCACAGACAUAAUUCAAACAGUUUUAGAAACUUUAGAGUGUUUUCUAUCCAAUGCUAAUAAUAAAAUGCAUAUAUUAGAGACUGAGGAGCAGGCCGUUUACUUUAGGCACCUUGUUCAUCCAAGCUACUCAAUACUGCCCCCAGCCAUAAAAAGUUAAACAAGUGGAUUCAGGGAUCAAGUGGAGCUGGGCCUGGCUUAAGCUGGAUGCCACUAGAGGCGAAAGGACACCACACACUUUCCUUCUUUCUCACUUUAGUUGGCACAUGGUGGAACAGUGUACACUUUCUGCCUGUGGACACAUGUUAUAGUGUGCAGUGUAGUCCAAAGAUAUUGGCUUUGUUGUGUUGAACUUGAAAGUAACGUGUGUGGGUGUGGGGGGGGGGGGGGGGGGGUGUGACUACUUAGUUAUUUUUACUUAAUCGAUGCCUAUAGUGGCCACUAUAAUAGAGCAUAAACAGAAUGCCUGUUUGUUUAAUUAUAUUUCUACUUUAAGAUGUUUUUUUCCCAAGUGCAAUAUUUGUGUGGUCACGAGCGUUCUAUUAUAAAGGCUGUCAUGGCUAACUGCAAUAUUAGUGUGUUUUUUUUCUCAAGACUUGAGUGUGAAGUCUAAGCAACAAAUAACAUUGGAUGGCUUUCUUUACAUUCUUUUGCUGUGAAUUAGGUUCACAUUAACCACUAUUUUACACACAGAGACUGAUCAUAUAGAUCAUAUUCUUUGUUUAAUUAGUUAACCUGCAUUUCCCCCUGGCAGGGAUUUUUGCAUGUUUCAGUGCAACAAAUAAGUGUCACCUUUUUGGGCUCUCAGCAGUUUUCAUCCCUGGGGAUUACAUGAAGAGAGAGAAGCACAUGAGGCUGCCUAAAUCCACAGAAGAUCUGUGGUUAGUUCUCCAAGAUGUUUGGGCCAACCUACCUGCUGAGUUCCUUCAAAGACUGUAUGCAAAUGUACUUAGAGUUGAUGCUGUUUAAGGCAAAGAGUGGUCACACCAAAUAUUGAUUUGAUGUAGAUUUUUCUUCUGUUCACUCACUGCAUUUUGUUAAUUGAUAAAUAUACAAUAUUAACAUGUCUAUUUUUGAAAGCAUUCUUACUUUACAGCAUUUUUUCCACACCUGCGUAAAACCUUUGCACAGUACUGUACAUCUUUUUAAAACGUAUAAUUCUCACUCCAGGUUUGAUUAAGUGAUUUUCUCCGACUAGUAUCAAAGGAUUCUAUUUAAUACAUCAGAUCUGCAUGAUCUUAAACUCCUUUCCAGCAGGUAUGGGAUGGUAUUUACCUCUGAGGAGGACAUUUAUAUGAUUACUGCUGUCCAACUUAAAUGUAAAUUGGUUUAUUUAAUUCAAUGCCUCUAGUUGUGAUGGUCAUGGAAUUUUGGAUGACUAAUUGUUCAGACAAAUGACAGCGGUCAUCGUAAUAACAAAAAAAAACGAAACAUUUUCUCCUCUCCUCCACUCCUGACUGCAUGUGCUGCUGCUGCAAGCUAGGUUGAAGAUAACUUGUCCUAACCUUUGUUGUCAUUCCAUGUGGAAGCUUUUUAGAAAAUCAACUAGCAUAGCUGGUCCCAUUGUGGGGUAUCCUCUUGUCUUUUCAUCUUCAACCUAGGCUGCAGGGAGGGGGGGUGUUGCCUAGGCAACCUCAGACUUUACAACAUCUUGUUUCAGCAAGGAGCCACGUUGUAGAGUCCAUGUUACAGCAGAAACAGACUCAACCAUGUAAAUGCCAAACCACCCCGUUUUCAGUCAGCUGUUCAUUCCACAAAUAAUAAGUACAUUUUUUACAGUUAAUGUAUUUUCAUGACAGUCUUCAUUCAUGACCGCCGGUUCCAUGGUUAUAUGGUAAUUGUCAGCCCUACCAAUGACGACGUACUAAGAAGAACGAGAGCACACAGAGCUGCAGGCCUGGUGUCAAGGCAGGAAGGUUGGAGUGUUCUGACUCUGACAAACGAGGUCUGUUCUCUCCC